AUGGAAUGUUGGUGCCGAGAGUGGUCAAGUGAUCGUCGGUGGCCAUGGACGAGGAAACGAUUGGAUCAAUUGGAUAGGCCAAUCAAUGCGGUUGUUGACAAAGAAACAGAUAGUCUUAUCAUUAGCGAUGCAGAUAACCGACGAGUCGUCCGAUGGCCUCGUCGAAGUAACGCCACAAGUGGAGAAACAAUACUGAACAGUGUCGAUUGUUAUGGAUUGACCAUGGAUGAUCAGAGAUGCCUGUACGUCUCUGACAUCGACAAGAAUGAAGUGAGACGAUAUCGAAUGGGAGAGACGAGUGGAACAAUCGUGGCUGGUGGUAAUGGAGAAGGUAGUCGUCUCAAUCAACUCAACAGGCCAACCUACAUCUUUGUUGAUGUGAAUCAUGCUGUGUAUGUGUCGGGUCGUGACAAUCAUCAUGUGAUGAAAUGGGUCAAAGGUGUGAAAGAAAGAAUUGUCGUGGCUGGAGGUCGAGGAUAUGGUAAUGCUCUGACGCAAUUGUCAUAUCCUCGGGGAGUAUUCGUUGAUCCUCUGGGCACAGUGUAUGUAGCAGACGAGGAGAAUCAUCGAGUAAUGCGUUGGUACAAAGGAGAAACAUAA